AUGACGCCCAACCCACCUGAUGCCAUGACGCCCAACCCACCUGAUGCCAUGACGCCCAACCCACCUGAUGCCAUGACGCCCAACCCACCUCAUGCCAUGACGCCCAACCCACCUCAUGCCAUGACGCCCAACCCACCUCAUGCCAUGACGCCCAACCCACCUGAUGCCAUGACGCCCAACCCACCUCAUGCCAUGACGCCCAACCCACCUCAUGCCAUGACGCCCAACCCACCUCAUGCCAUGACGCCCAACCCACCUCAUGCCAUGACGCCCAACCCACCUCAUGCCAUGACGCCCAACCCACCUCAUGCCAUGACGCCCAACCCACCUCAUGCCAUGACGCCCAACCCACCUCAUGCCAUGACGCCCAACCCACCUCAUGCCAUGACGCCCAACCCACCUCAUGCCAUGACGCUCAACCCACCUCAUGCCAUGACGCUCAACCCACCGCAUGCCAUGACGCCCAACCCACCUGAUGCCAUGACGCCCAACCCACCUCAUGCCAUGACGCCCAACCCACCUGAUGCCAUGACGCCCAACCCACCUGAUGCCAUGACGCCCAACCCACCUCAUGCCAUGACGCCCAACCCACCUCAUGCCAUGACGCCCAACCCACCUCAUGCCAUGACGCCCAACCCACCUCAUGCCAUGACGCCCAACCAACCUCAUGCCAUGACGCCCAACCCACCUCAUGCCAUGACGCCCAACCCACCUCAUGCCAUGACGCCCAACCCACCUCAUGCCAUGACGCCCAACCCACCUCAUGCCAUGACGCCCAACCCACCUCAUGCCAUGACGCCCAACCCACCUCAUGCCAUGACGCCCAACCCACCUCAUGCCAUGACGCCCAACCCACUUCAUGCCCGUUGCCCCACCUCAUGCCC